UUGUCUAUGCCACAUUAAAAGUUUGAACUUCAUUGAGCUUUCUUUCAAACAAAAAUAAUAACGAUUUUAUACAGUUACAGUUAAUUGAUUAACUGAAAACCAACACAAAACUUUGUUAUAUACUAAAGUCGGCUCUAAGUUCACAUAUAAUUUAGAUGCUAUAUGCAAUACGCAAAGCAAAAACAAAUUUACAAUCACUUCUAGGUGUGGCCUACAACAUAAAUUCGUGGUAAAAUAGCUUUCUUUACUUUCAGAGGCUUCAUGGGAAUAGUUUUUAACGUUGAAUAAGGUAGUUAAAAAAAAAACAAAAUGACUGUGCUGGAAUCGUGUUGGUCUCCUUGCAUUUGGUCCACUGAUACAAAAAUGGGAAGCAAGUUGGUAGCGGUUUAUACUACCGCUAUGAGCAUAGUGCUGAUUACGUUUAUAGGAUAUCAAAUGGACGGAGGCGAUUCAACGCAGCUGUGGAACCCAUUAUUUGAAGCUGAUGUUCGCGGAUCCUUACAAAUAUUUGGAACAAUAUUUAUAAUAAUAUUGACACUGUUGAUAAUUUUUUCAAUUUUAAUGGUCAUAGGCAUCAACAUAUGGAUGAGAGGUUUUAUAUUACCAUGGCUCGCAACAAUGGGAUUCAUCAUAGUAUUUCAAUUCAUUUUUGGUCUUUGGCUGCUGGGUGGAUAUUAUAUUUAUUUGGACGCCACAUUUGCAGCUCUGGCUGAUUUCCUUUGGAUGGCAUAUAAUAUAUACUGUUGGCUGUGCGUGUUCUCUCAGUACCAAAUAAUAUUGGAAAUGCAAUCUCCAAAUAUUGAAAUCUUAGUUGAAUAUUAAGUUUCUAUGACCUACUUUAUUUAAGGAAAGAAAAAAAGCAUCUACUAAGGUUUUUUAAGUAAACAAAUGCAAGUUAAAUGUGUAAGUUACACUUUAAAGAAAAUCUAUGGCCAUUAAUUCAUAAUACGUACUCAAAUUUAUUCAAAAAAUUCUAAUGUGUUCUUUUUAUUUAAUAAGUUUCUUUUUAAUCACAGAUUUAGAUAUUAGUAAUUCUAGAUUUAAGCUACCUCUCACAUUACAAAGUAUAUAGUUUUUUUAAAGGUGAAAACAUUGCUAUAACAUUGCUUUGAAUCUCAAUACAUAUUAUUAUAUAGAAUGCAGUUUGAUUACAUUUUUGCUUGAAAUUUAAAAGUAAAAGUUUAAAUUAAAAAACUUGGAAUACUUUAUGAAUAUCACAUGAGAAUCAUUUAUUUAAAGUGUUCUACAAUUGGUAACAGUACAAACUGUCAUUGUGACACUAUGACAUUUUAUAAAGAAAUCUACAUGUUGUGAAAUUGACUGAAAUAUUUUGUUAUAUAAAUUAAGAUGCCUAUGAAAUCAGAAUUAUCAAGAUUUUUAAAGAAACAUGUUUAUUGUUUUGUUUUUCUGAAAUGGUAUUUAUGGCCUACUAGGUUGGACUAUAUAUAAGUGCCUAUCUAAUACGUGUUCAUUAACUAUUUUCAAAUUUAAAAAUAAACUAUAUAACUUUAAAUAUCCGAUAAAUAAAAACCCGCAUUCUGUUCAUAACUAUGUGUUGUGUAUUAUUGCCCAUCCAGAGCAAUAAAAAAAAUCAUUAUUAUUAUAUUUAAUGUAUAUUAUUGUAUACUUAAUAAGUUAUAAAUAUGAAUCCGUCCAAAAACAAGACUAAAAAUAUGUAAAUAAUUAUAAUAAUUGCAUUAAUAUGUUAUAGUGCCCUCUGUGAGCACGCAGUGAAUUGAGAAUAGAAAAAAAACAUAAGUGACUCGAUUACUUUCAUUGUACUGUACAGAUUUUCAGUAGCACUUAUUAACUUUAAGCCUGGAGCUUCAUUUGCGUGAGCCACGCCUUAUCCCUGUAUGGGCGAAAGGCCCCUACUCCACAUAUCCGACCCAGGCGACGAAGCAACCCAAAGCUGCCGUCGGUGCUUUUAAGCCCCUCAAGCACCGGCCACCGUUCUCGUUGAACUCGUCGAUCUCGACAAGCAAACUAACCCACAAACACAACCCACUGAGUUUCUCGCUAGAUCUUCUCACUGGGUCGAGAUUCAGAUCCGGAAAUAGAUUCUACGAAGUACUGCUCUCGGUAGGGCGUCCUAUCUUGCUAGAGUAGCACUCUCCUUUACCGCCUCCCACCACACUCGGCUGCCUGAUCGAGGAUCGCCUAACAGGUCGAGCAGUGAUCUUUCCUGAGCGGACGGGGUGAAAGCACAGAGCGGUAUCGUCCUGGGUUCGCUGGGGUCGAUUCUGGGUCCGUUCCUGUGGGACAUAGUGAUCUUUCCUAAGCGGACAGGGUGGAAGCAUAGAGCGGUAUUGUGCUGGGUUCGCAGGGGUCGAUUCUGGGUCCGCUCCUGUGGGACAUAGUGAUCUUUCCUAAGCGGACGGGGUGAAAGCACGGAGCGGGAUCGUGCUGGGUUCGCAGGGAUCGAUUCUGAAUCCACUCCUGUGGGACAUAGUGAUAUUUCCUAAGCGGACGGGGAGGAAAAGCACAGCGGUAUCGUACUGGGUUCGCAAGGGUCGAUUCUGGGUCCGCUCCUGUGGAACAUUGGCUUCGAUUGGAUGCUCUACGGGGCUAAUCUGCGUGGAGAUUCUGAUCGGACGUCGUCUGCUACUCCGACGAUACGCUGAUUACGGCUCGCGUAAAGGACGACCGUUCGGCGUAAAUAUUGACCGCGGCUGCAGUGGUAACUGUCGUGACGAAAAUAAUGAAACUCGGCUUCGAAGUGGCCCUCCACAAUUCAGAGGCCGUGUGUAUUCACAUAGCUCGGGGGCGGUCCCCGCGGUGCGACGAUCAUCAUCGAAGGGGUCUCAAUGGCUGUCCAGCCGAAACUCAACUUUUUUUUUUUUUUCCUACCUUAGCUGAUAGCCCUAGGGGCUAUGUUAGCGUAACCCUAACUUACCGAAACUCAACUAAUUGGGACUUUGGACAACAAGUGGCCUUUCGACAGCCAUUUGGAUCUUUUGUUUCCGAAGCAGCUCGGGGCAACGGGCGUUUGGGGAAGAUCCUGCCCGUCCACUUGGGUGAGACCCGGCGUAGACGGACUCGCGGCGCGCAUCUUUGUGGAACCGUAGGUACCGUCUUAGUCGGAGUAGCUCGUUGGGGUUUAGUCGGUAGUAGGUUCUUCUUUUCGCCUUUCUAAAAACGUAGUCUCGUAGGAUCAAUUGGAAUCCUUCUAGUCCUCGGGGUGAUGGGCGCCGGGCGUUUGGUGAAGAUCCCGCCCGUCUACCAGGGUGAGACCCGGUGUAGACGGACUCGCGGCGCGCAUCUUUGCGGAACCGUGGGUACCGUCUUAAUCGGAAAGGAGUAGCUCGUUGAGGUUUAGUCGGUAGUAGGUUCUUCCUUUAUCCCUUUCUAAAAACGUAGUCUCGUAGGAUCAAUUGGAAUCCUUCUAGUCUUUUGGAGGUGCUUAUGUCCGACAUAACCCGGUCUCGAACCCCCGUCGAUCGGUAUCCGUAAAGUAAGAUUCCCCAUCGAUACAAAAAAGGGAAGCACACGGGAAGCUUGGCCCUUGAACUACCUUUUUUUGCGACCGUCCGCACGAAUCUGGAAUAGCCUUUUAAAAUAAGCCACCAAUAAAUAGGUAGAAAAAGAAGCCAUCCGUGCGAGAGAUGGGGGCGCUACAUUUUUCCCAGGAUUCAUACUAUCUACACACCUAAUUUCGUUAAAAUCGGUUCUGUGGUUUGGGCGUGAAAACGUAACAGACCUAGUUCCGUAUUAACAUCACGUAUUUUUUUUAUUUUCUAUUCACUAAACCAUUUGUACUUGUAAUAAAUAUAAUUGUUUGUAUUGUUUAAUAAAGGUAAAGCAGGUUUA